UUUUGCAGGCACAGCGUUUGAAGGCCGAAUAUUUCCAGGGCUCUCUCUCUUUUUCUCUCUAAGAUUUAAGGGGGGAAAGGGGGAAAAGGGGGAGAAGAAAUCAGCAUCGCCAGAUCUGCAACUCCCCUGCGCCUCCUUCUCCUUUUAUCCCCAUUUUUUCUCAUUUUAACCGAGGAUUUUGAUCGAGUUUCUUCUCUAUAGGGGUUAGGAUGGAUUGCUACCCUAGGAAAGCGAACAUCAUGCAGCCGACUGCUAAGGUCGAUGCACUUGAUUGUAGAUCAAACAAGAACACUAGAGGGAGGUGCAGUGUGCUUCAUUUCGAUUUCGAUCUCCACCACGAGCCAGUUGUUUGCCCAAAACCACAACGUGUUGCCUGCCCUUCAUUUGUAUCAGAUGACCUUUAUAGGUUUUGCUGCAAACCGCGGAGCAACCACAAAGGGCAGGAAGAACCAAGCCCUGGUCUGAAUUCUGUGGACUUGUUUCUGAGCACGAAUGGGUGCAAGGAAGAUGCAGAGCCAAACAGUCCGGCGAGCUAUUUUUGCGGCUCACCUCCGGUACGAACCAGCAACCCAUUAGUUAGAGACGAACAAUUCAAUAGGCAGACCUUAACUCGCCCCACCUCUGUUCUUUCCCAUGGUGGGAAGCCCAUAGUUAGGGUUGAGGGCUUUGCCACCUCUUGUGGGGCUUCAAUUGGAGCAAAGCCGAAGGUGAGGAUUGAAGGCUUUGUAUCCUCAAGCCCUGAAUCUCAAUGCAUAGUCCCGGCGCUUGCCUAACAAUGGCACGGGAAACCCAUAUCCGUUUUUGACUUUGCAAUCUCUCCAUGCCUGUAAAUUUUACGGAGAACUUCGAUUGCCUUCUAAACCAGCUAGAGAGAGAGAGAGAGAGAAACCAGUACGGUUUUUUAGUCUCACCUGUGGUUUGUUCUUCAACCUUUUGAUAGUUGUUGUUGUCUUGUACAGAGUGAAAGAAUGAGUCAAGGAGUGAGAUCAAUUUAGGCAUCCAUGUUGAGCGAAUAGGUUGAGGUCUUCUAGAGUAAGACUGCAUUCUAUUUGGUUUUGUAAGCUCUUGGGGAAAAACAUUUGUACAGUAAGGUGAAUUGUAUAUACACUUUGUGUUUGCAAA